AUGCAUCAGAUCUUGGAAGAGGGUCCGGCAUCCAGCACUCGAUUGAAUACGUCGUCGGUAUCACCUUCGAACAGAUCGACACGAAAAGUGCGACUUAGUGACCGUGAGUUGAUCCAGCGCGUCCAGCGUGUAGCAAUUCCUGAGAGACGUGUCGACCUUGGCAAACUUUCGUCCAAACGCGGAUGGAAACGCGUUCGAAUUGGUGUCACAAAUGGCAUGAAAGUACAUUUUCGGGUACGACAUGCCCAGUCGCGGCAAUGCCAAGUGCUUGGUGAAGGUGAGAUUCGAACUCGAAUCUCGAAACUGCUGGCAUUAGUGCGAGAUUCAAGUGAAAGUGAGAGCAAUGCGCUGCUACGUGCUUUGUACGGUUCCCACUUUAUCUACACCUCACUCUUACAUGCUAUUCCCAACACGGAACGUGGGUCACUAGUACUAUCACCUGGUACUAAUAGGUCAGCUAUGGGCCAACAACUGAUGGUUCGGACAGUGAGCUUUGCACACCAAAGAUUGGCCUUUUAUCCACGACCAUCGACUAGUGUCGCGUCCACUUCGAUGACGGCAUCUGAGUCAUCGGAUUCAAGUCAUCGGGUUAAGAAUGAACAAUGCUGUUACAUUGAACUCUUAACACCUACACAAGAAGGGUUUCAAAUGUCCUUCUGUACACUCGAUGCUGCUGAUGUGCUGGCGGGGAAGGCACCAUCUGACUGCGUCAUAUCGCUACAUCCGAUAUCAGGCUGGUUGAUAGCAGAACCGAGUCCUCGGAACCCCGAGACACUUCGCAUUACGUUCCAAGCUGCAUUUCUAGGCAAUGUACCUGAUUGGAAAAGGUACUUCGUCGACGAAAUCUUCGACACCAACGGACAGUUCCUGGUCGAGUAUGGCAAGCACUCUUGA